AUGGCAAAAUCGAGGCCUAUAAAACAUCAGAUUAAAACUCUCGUUGAAUUGAUAUCUAAUGACCCAAAAUUGAGUGCUGGAAAAUUUUCAGCAAAUUUCACAAAAAAAAUUGCUAAGGCAAGAUGGAAGGACAUUGCCAUUGAAUUAAACUCUUUACCUGGCUGCGAAAAAUCAUGGGAUAAAUGGAAAAAGGCAUGGCAAGACACUAGGGCAACUGCAAAAAAUAAGGCUUCAGCAAUCAAAAGACAUAUUAAUGGUACUGGAGGAGGACCUGCCACUAAUUUGGUAAUGUCAGAGGCUCAAAUGGAUAGUAUUCCAUUAAUGAGCCAAGUGGCUAUAAGUGGUCAUUUGAAUUCAGUGGAGUCCGCUGUAUCAUUUAAUUAUGAAACACUUUCAGAACAAACAACAUGUAUGAACAUCUAUAAUAAAGAUGCAGAAACAAUAGAAGAGGGUAUAAACUCUGAACAACCUAUGAAAAAACAAUCUGCUUCUGAAAGAUUAUCAGAUGGCAACAAAGUUGCCCAGAAUAUGGUUGACCUUACAUCUAAAAAAUUAGAUAUUAAAUCUAAUUAUUAUAAUCAAAAGUUGAUUCUUUUACAACAAAAAAAUAAUAUCCUCAGCAACAUUCAUACAUUUUUGGAAACAUAC